UUCGUGGAGCGGCGAUGGCUCGUACGAAGCAAACAGCUCGUAAAUCCACUGGCGGCAAAGCUCCCCGUAAGCAGCUGGCUACUAAAGCUGCCCGGAAGAGCGCCCCGGCAACCGGCGGGGUCAAGAAGCCCCAUCGCUACCGCCCUGGCACCGUAGCCUUGCGAGAAAUUCGCCGAUAUCAGAAGUCCACCGAAUUGCUUAUUCGUAAACUUCCUUUCCAGCGCCUAGUUAGAGAAAUCGCCCAAGAUUUCAAGACUGAUCUCCGCUUCCAGAGCUCGGCUGUGAUGGCCCUCCAGGAAGCAAGCGAGGCUUACCUAGUAGGUCUCUUCGAAGAUACCAAUCUGUGCGCCAUCCAUGCCAAGAGAGUUACUAUCAUGCCCAAAGAUAUCCAGCUGGCGCGCCGCAUCCGCGGAGAGAGGGCAUAAGCAAGCCUCUAUUGGUGUAUCCAGUGACCCAAAGGCUCUUUUAAGGGCCAUCCACAUAACCAAAAAAGAGCUGCUGUCUGCUUUGCACAGUUUGCCUCUAUAACUUUCCUAAUGCAUGUGGGGAGUUUUUCCCUAUGUAUGGGAUGAGCAAGCUUUUUAGUACUGCAGAAGGAAAGUUUCUUAAAGUGAAAUUCCUCCGGGUCACUAACCAGGUAUCUACUUUUAAAGUGACACAGCUAGAAACACUCAAUCUGUGUGUUUGAAUUGUUGGUUGAGUGAGGUUCAGGACCCAUGUUAAUCUGCAAUUGGCAGGUGCUAAGCAGACAAUUGGGAAUUAAAAAGUGAGCCUUAAUAUUACACUUUGUUCUUGCCAGACUGAAAGAUGUGAGCUAGAAGUUGCAUACUCUUGAGUGUGGUAGGCAUGUGUGUGCACACAUGUAUGUGGGUUUCACAUUGAUUAAUAAACUUAAAGGGUGCAUUAAUUAGGUGCUUUAUAUUUACAAUAUAAAGUACGUGUGCUUUCAAAAUUGCAGAUUGCAGGCCCUAUUAUAAGACAGCUGUUCAUUAAAGAAGCUUGCCUAUUAUGACUAGCAUUUUUAUUCAUUUUUAUUUACUUUUUUAUAGACUCUCAUAAUAGUCACAUGGCUUUCUGGGCAGUAUACACAAUUAAAAACCACUAACAAAACAAAAAGCUUAUCAAAUAUGUAUGUAAAAACCAAACAGGCACACAUUUUAAGUCAUAUGGAAAGAGAUGCAAACUUAGACUAAAACAUUGUGCAAUCUGCCACAGCUUCUCACUGGCUGUGUGUGCAUAAGUAACUUACCUUUCUUUCAUCACAGAACUCAAAGCAAUGUACAUGGUUCAUGUGCCUGGUCUUGAGUUAGCUGGAGUUUGCCUGCUCAGACACUACUCAAACCCAAAGCCUCCAAGUGUCCAAUUAUGAUCUGGAGAACCUACAUUGCUGUGUGAAGAAAGCCAGUGUCCCAACCAGGCAGCUUUUUCCUGGUAAUGACAGAGCAUGAUGUUCCAGUGGGUGGGAGGUGCAUCUGAGCCUCAAAGGGGCUUCACACAUAUCUCUGAGUUCCUGUUCAUGAAAAGUAUGGAGAUAUUUUCUGAGUAUCCACAUGAACAGAUCUGAAUGUGAAUGUUGUUUAUAAGUUGAGAGCCAGUGUGUGUAGUGGUUAGGAGCAUGGGACUGGGACUCAGGUGAUUUGGGUUCUAGUCCCCACUCAGCCAUGGAACUCAC